AACAGCUCGAAGUCUACAAAAAGCACCACUCGCUUCUCUUCUCACGCGCCGUCCCAAAACUCGAUCUUCGUUAACUGCACACAAAGCGAGAGAGAAGAAGAGAGAAAGCGUAGAAAUUUAGGGGAUUCCUGAUCGGAGGAAAGACGGAAGGAAGGAAAAUGGGAGUGGAUUCGAUACCAACAGACGCAACGAUUGAUCUAGAUGAGCAGAUCUCGCAGCUCAUGCAGUGCAAGCCCCUCUCCGAGCAACAGGUUAGAUCGUUAUGCGAGAAAGCCAAGGAGAUCUUAAUGGAUGAAAGCAACGUUCAGCCUGUGAAAAGCCCUGUGACAAUCUGCGGUGAUAUUCAUGGACAGUUCCAUGACCUUGCUGAGCUUUUCCGUAUUGGGGGAAUGUGUCCUGACACCAACUACUUGUUUAUGGGAGAUUACGUUGAUCGCGGUUAUUAUUCUGUUGAAACUGUUACGCUGUUAGUCGCCUUAAAGAUGCGUUAUCCUCAGCGAAUCACCAUUCUUAGAGGAAACCAUGAAAGUCGUCAGAUCACUCAGGUCUAUGGAUUUUACGAUGAAUGUCUGCGAAAGUAUGGCAACGCAAAUGUUUGGAAAAUCUUUACAGACCUCUUCGACUAUUUUCCAUUGACAGCCUUGGUUGAGUCCGAAAUAUUCUGCCUUCACGGUGGAUUGUCUCCAUCCAUCGAGACCCUUGACAACAUAAGGAACUUUGAUCGAGUUCAAGAAGUGCCCCAUGAAGGGCCGAUGUGUGACUUAUUAUGGUCUGAUCCUGAUGACCGUUGUGGUUGGGGCAUCUCUCCACGUGGUGCUGGAUAUACAUUUGGUCAGGACAUAUCCGAACAGUUCAACCACUCAAACGGCUUGAACCUGAUCGCAAGAGCCCAUCAGCUUGUUAUGGAUGGAUACAACUGGGCUCAUGAGCAAAAGGUGGUAACUAUCUUCAGUGCACCAAACUAUUGUUACCGUUGUGGGAACAUGGCGUCGAUUCUUGAGGUUGAUGACUGCAUGAACCACAGUUUCAUUCAGUUUGAACCAGCACCGAGGAGAGGAGAACCAGACGUCACUCGAAGAACACCAGACUACUUCCUCUGAUCAUUAGACACAGAGUCAUCUCAGCAGCUAAAGCCACAACUGAAAAGUCACAGUUGGUAACUCAACAAUCUGGUUACUAUGCAAUGUGUGUCAAGUUUGCUGUGUGUUUAAGUUCAACUUAGUCCCAUCACCAGAAUAUAGUGUGAUAUAGUCGAAGAAGGCCCUCUCUUAUCUUCCUCUAUAACCAAGAACAAGAGGUCAAUGGAUUGAUUCUACAAUACCCAUCAUGCAUGCACAUUGUUUGGUUGAUGUUAUUAGCUUAUUUUUCUUCUUCUUUCUGCAUCAGAUUGUGUUUUCAUGCGAGAGAUCCUUUUAAUUUUAUUUAUUGUAAUUCUUCACCCAAAUGUCACUAUUUUUUAGUUUACAAAUCUAGUGAAGCUUUUUUAUUGCAAAA